CGCCCAGCUGUACGGAAGGUUGAGCUUCGCGCUUUGCGCCUGUGCAGACAGGAUGAUGCAUCCUCUGCUACGGCCGCUGGUCAUCCGGAUGUUUAGUUCUUAUGGGGACAGAAAAUUGAAUAAAGUGCUUAGAAUUUGUCUUCAAACAUGUAGAGAGCUAGUGUGUAGUCUCCCCCCGCGGGUCUUGUUCGCGGCUCCGGUGCGGUUCUUAUUGUAUACGGACGCAUCUUGGCAAAGAGGGCGCUCGGGGACGAUGGCCGGAGUGUUAGUGGAUUUAUUUGCGCCUCUAGUUGAGGGCAUUCCGUUUGGAAGAAAGUUUUUAUUUUGGAGAUUUAGAGUGACAAAGGACAUGAUUCACAGUAAAUAUAAUCUACACCCGAUAAAUUUUUUGGAAGCAGUGGCGCCCCUAGUUAGUGUAUAUUUGUGGGGAGAAAAAUUUGUACAUACUAAGUUGAUUUGCUUUAUAGACAAUAACAGUGCAAAGGGCACGUUGAACAGAAUGAACAGCGGAAAAUGUCAUCUAGCUUUGGUAGCUUAUUUUUUUUGGAAAUUUUGCACAGAAAAGAGAAUUUCUUGUUUGGUUGAUCGAGUGAAGAGCGAAGAUAAUAUCAGUGAUCUUCCGACGAGAGAAGACUUGCACAGGUUUUUUGUAGAAAAUUUUUGUACAGAGGAAGUUUUGUUGAGUGACGAAUUGGUGGAAGUAGUGAAAAAAGUUUUGUUAUUAGACACGGAAUUUAAGGAAAUUUUGCUGGAUGAGGAAGUAGCUGCAAGCGUUUGAAAGUUAACACAUGAAAGAUGAGGGACCGUUGAUGAGUUCUGUUUUCCUCUUGAUGAGAGUGGAAUUGGUGUAGUUUUAAUCUUAG